GGCAAUGACUAUGAUCUAUCAAUUCGAUUGAUACUCGUUCUGCGACCAAUUGAAUGGCAAAACUUACAAAACCUAAUUCAAAGCAGAAACGAUUGUUCAAAAUUCACGUGAAGAUCUUCGAUGCUAAUUCAAUUUGUUUUUCUUAAAUCCAUGAACUCAAUUGAAUGGGUUGAAGUUAAUUUUUAAAAAUCUUCAAAGAAUAUUUUAAGUUUUUUUUUCAAACGAGCACGAAAAUGUCAGGAAGUGGUAAAGAUUUCUACUCCAUUCUGGGUGUGAGCAAAGAUGCUUCCCAAGAGGAGAUUAAAAAACAGUACAAGAAGUUGGCGCUCAAAUGGCACCCGGAUAAGAACAAAGACAACCCAGAGGCUGAGCAGAAGUUCAAGGACAUAGCCGAAGCAUAUGCGGUGCUAGGAGACGAGGCCAAACGAAGGAACUACGACCAGUUCGGAGAUGCAGAACCGCCUAUGGGUGGCAACUUUCCAGGUUUCCCAGGAGCAAGUGGCGGCAGAACUUUCUAUUUCCACACUGGAGAUGGCAGUUCAGACUUCGUUGACCCCUUUAAACUUUUCCGCUCAUUCUUUGGAGCAGACUUUGGGUCUCCGGGCUUCAGAGGUUUUGAUGAUCUCGACGAAGGGGGAGGAGGAAGAGCGGGAACCUCGGGGGCUGGAAGUGGACACCCGUUUGAUCACAUCUUUAGGCAAUCAUUUGCACAAAUGACGUCAUCGGCUAGAAACGAAACAUAUGAAGUCCAGGCUACACUAGAAGAAGUACACUCUGGUUUCGAAAAGACAGUAUCCUUUGAGAGGCAAAUAUUUAAUUACAGUAGCGAGCGAGUCACUGAAACGCAAAGCUUGCCAGUCAAGUUCAACCCGGGCUCAAAAAAUGGAGCUAAAGUUGUGCUUGAACGUGCAGGCAGCCAACCCACACCGGAGCAGCCAGCUCGAGACGUUGCAGUUGUUUUAUCUAUCAUCCCUCAUCCGGUUUUCGAAAGAGGCAAAGAAUCCGAGAGUUAUGAUUUAUUCAUUAAGGAUUCUGUUCAUCUGAGCUUGAAACAGGCCCUAUGUGGUUGCAGUGUCGAGGUACCGUCUAUAAAUGGAGAUGGAAUAACUGUUGUUCUGCAUGAUGUUACAAAACCAGGUCGAACUAAAAGGCUGGUUGGUCAUGGACUCGCAAUUGAGCAACUGAACGGUGCAGAAAGAGGCGAUCUGAUCGUGAAGUUCGAUGUGGAUUUCCCAGAUAAUCUGGACUUAAAAACUAAAGAAACCCUUGAAAGCGUUUUAACUUAAAAUUUAUUGGAUCAUUUUGCUUUUAAAGUAUACUGAUUGUAAAAACAUUGUUAAAAAAGUAGGCUCUGUUUUUUAUCACAUUGUCAGCAUCUGUGGAUAAUUAGA